GGAAGGCAGAGCAGAGGAGCUUAGAGAGGGGAUCUGCAUUGUAAGUAGCUCUGAGAGCAAGUGGUGGCCGUUUUCAACCUGUUUUUGUUUUCUCAAGGAGCAGGAGAACGAGAAGAAGGAGAAGAUUCGGGCAGGAGAGCACAGAUGUUUAAACGUCUGAGCUGAGUUCAAAGAGAACAAUAAAGAAGAAGCCGAAGGAGGAGAAGAGAGGAAAGAAGCCAGGAGGAACACAAGGCAGCAAUGGAUAGAAGAGUGUCUCAGUCUGACCCUGGGAUGGCCUGGAUUCACACACUGUCGCUGGCCACCAGCCAGCACACGCACUAGACUGCUAAAUCAUCAAUGAGCUCCCAUGUGUUCGUUCAGCCAUGCUCCCUGGCUAUGGCUUCUCACCUUUUCUUGAUUUCCAACCCCACCUUCAUGUUUUUCGCUGCCGUGGAGAGCGUUCGAGCAUGUGGAUCCCUGGCUCGGGAGAGUCACAGGCUCUGAGCGAGGCCCAGGACGCCGGGCCGCUCCUCCACCAGUGUCACCACAAGCAUGUUGCCGUUUGUCAGCAGGAAACUUUGGCUUUUAUUGAGCUACAACCAUCGGUGACUCCAAAACUAAACGGCCUCAGCUCUCAGAGGCCGACAGUCAUUUCUGACGCGCAAUGUUUAACGCACUCUCUGCCACUGAAUGGUUUUGGACACACACUAAAUGAACUGAAUGCCAUGAAGAACGGUUGCCACAGGACAGACAAUGAAACAACAUUGAACUUGAACUCUCACGCACCUGAGGCUGAGCUCCAGUGCCAGGAUGGGACUUCUUUAGAGGAAGUGACUGAAAAGCCACAAACUGGCACAACAGUAUGUCGUCCUCCCUCCACAGCGCUUAGCCUCCCUCUGUCGUUCCCUCUGUCCUCUCUUUACUCAAACAGAGACUCAUGGGAGUCUCUGUUACCAUGUUCUCCAUCCUCGCCUGAAGGUCCUGGGUGUCAGAGCCCAAACUCCUGCCAGCCGCAGAGGAGAACGUCACAAGGUUCACUGAAGGAAAAGUCAAUCAGAAGAAAGAUGCGGGUUUAUUCCCCAGACAGCCCGAGCGAUGAAUCCCUCUGCAGCCCGGUCCUGGAUGCAGACUACAUCUUCCCUGGACCAUUUGCAUCUUUCCUGGAAGAGGACCUCAGUGGAUUAGGCAUUUCAAGUCCCUCAUCCACAGAUGGUGCUGCAGAUCUUCCAGACCUCAGUCAAGACGAUAUUUUUCAUCUACCUACAGGACCACUGAGGAUAUUAGAGGACUCCAUAUUAGUGGGGAGGGAAGAUUGUGGGAGUGUGGAGACAUCCAGUGCCACAGGAGGGAGCUUUUUGUCGCGCAGCCGUCAGGUGGACCAAGAGCGGCGACGCUUCUCAGCCUCGGAGCUCAUAUCUAGACUGCAGUUGUCACAGAGGAAGAACUCGUUCACAUUGAAGCUGGGGAAGUCUCUGUCGGCUCGAGUUGCCUCCAGAGACAGACAGAGCUCCCACAGCCUCAGCUCAAACCCCGACUAUAAGCCAAACUCCAAGCACCGCAGCUCAGGAGGCUCCAGUGACAGCGCCCCCCACAGUCCUGUAGGACCUGCACCUUCUCUACCCAGCAGUGACAAUGGGAUGCCUUUGCAUAGAUGGAGCACAAAACUUGGAAUGAGAAAGAAAUCCAUAGAAGAAGACUUGAGCUCACUUCCAUCGGUCGCUAAUUCCAAUCGCUUGUCAAGGUUUUUGCCGAGUUCAAUUCUGUACCAGGAAUACAGUGAUGUGGCCAUCAACAGAGAGAUCCAGAGGCAACAGGGGAAGGAGCCAGGCACGGAGGAGGAAGGUCUCAGGGACGAGGGGUCCGACGGGACCCCGUCUCCAUCUAAUCUGUCUCCGUCCAGCUCCUUCCGCUCCUCUCGAGGCUCUGCUUUUGCUCUGUGGCAGGACAUACCCGACGUACGGACCAGCGGUCAGCUCGACAAUUUCAGCAAUGAGGAGAGGAAGUUACAGGAGGCAAAGUUUGAGUUGGUGACUUCUGAGGCGUCGUACAUUCGCAGCUUGACGAUCGCGGUGGACCACUUCAUGCUGUCGCAGGAGCUCGCCGAGUGCCUCGGAGCUCAAGAUAAGCAGUGGCUUUUCUCCAAGCUGCCUGAAGUCAAAGAUGUCAGUGAGAGGUUCCUGCAGGACCUGGAACACAGACUGGAGGAAGACAUUCUGCGUUUUGACGUGUGUGACAUUGUCCUGGAUCACUGCCCAGCUCUGCGGAGGGUCUAUUUACCUUAUGUAACCAACCAGGCCUAUCAAGAGCAGACAUACCAGCGUUUGCUGCACGACAACCCUCGUUUUCCCAGCAUCCUGGCUCGUUUGGAGGAGGACCCCGUCUGCCAAAGACUUCCUCUGACCUCUUUUCUAAUCCUCCCGUUUCAGAGGAUCACUCGGCUUAAAAUGCUAGUGGAGAAUAUCUUAAAGAGGACAACACCGGGCUCUCGGGAUGAGGACACUGCCACAAAAGCUUUCAAUGAGCUCAAAAAGAUCAUCAAAGAAUGUAACUCCAGUGUGCAGUCAAUGAAGAGGAUGGAGGAACUAAUUCACCUCAAUAAGAAAAUUCAUUUUGAGGGAAAGAUCUUUCCUCUGAUCUCUCAGUCACGCUGGCUGGUGAAACACGGUGAACUCCUGGAAGUGGACACUCAGAUGAUGAGUAUAUCUGGAUCGAAGCUGAAGUUACCCACCAAGCCAGUGUACCUCCACCUGUUCAACGACUGCCUGCUGCUGUCCAGGAGGAAGGAUACCUGGAAGUUCAUGGUGUUCGUUCACGCCAAGAUUGGAGAGCUGAAAGUGAAGGAUCUCAGUCAGAAGCUUCAGGGCAUCUCAGGCUUCAUCUUCCACCUGCAGCUGUGUGAAGGCCAGCAGCUCAAACACCAGAUCCUGCUCAAAUCACACACCGAGAGUGGGAAACAGAGAUGGAUCACAGCAAUGUUCCCAUCGGAUCCACUUGAAGACAUCGAACAGGCCAAUGAGAAUGCCGAUAUAUCACAGGUUCAGUGUAUCAGAAGCUACCAGGCCCAAGAGCACGAUGAGUUAACACUGGAAAAGGCCGACAUUCUUCAUGCUAAGACCAUGACGAGUGACGGCUGGGUGGAAGGCAUCAGAUUGUCAGAUGGGGAACGGGGCUGGUUCCCCAAAACCUACGUGGAGGAAAUCACAAGUCGCAGUGCACGCCUUCGCAACCUACGCGAAAAUAUCCGCAUCAAAUGUGUCACACAGAAGUUGGAGGGAGAGGACUGACCGCUGUUUGUGCUGCAGCUCGUCGUGUGUCGAAGGUGCAUUUGCUUCUGGAUCAAAAGUUUCUGACUCUUCUUACUUGUUUUCUUUGUCAGGUUAGCAACGAAAGAACAUGCAGAAAGACAAGCUUUUAUACCUGAGUGUGACAACAGUUCACAGUAACCCAAACCACAAGAGGAAAAAUUCAAUAGACUCCACCCAAGACUUGGUAUUAACGUCCAAACUGAGUAAUCUGAUCAUAUCUAAACAGCUCCAAGUACAAAUCUGUCCUGAAUACCGUGUGUCCUCAGAUCCAAUCACAAAAAGCACAUUUGGACGUGGUUUGAAGGGGCAUGUGUCCACAUUCCUGAGCUGCACGACAGCAGUCCGUCUCUCAGAAUGGAUUAGACUCUCAGAAUGGAUUAGAGUCCGCCUCCUCAGAUAACGUCCUCUGACAGUAUCUUUUUUUGAAUGGUUAAAAAAUCUUAUUUCUUGUUUGCCUAGGGUUUUGAUCUACUCAUCUCCUCUCUGAGGUCAGUGUUUAUUCAAUACAGCACGGGUGAAACCAGAUCCACGACAUGUUUAAUGCCAAUUUAAGGUGUGAUUAGUUCUUUUGUGAAGUAUCUCAGCAACCACGUUUACACUUGUGUCCAAUCAUGUGUGCCCUAUUUUAUUAUCUCUUGUCCAAAACAUCUGAACAUAAUUUACAAUAUUGUUCUGUUGAAGAAGAAUGGUCGAGCGCAUUAUCUUCUCAUGUUUAAAGAUGUUAAAAAUCAAGUGGGAAGUCGGCUCAUUUUCCCCAUAGACUUAUGGAACCUUAAACACAUCUAAAGGUGAAUUGCACAUUUAUGUCUGCUGGGCAGUGCAGGACAUUCAGUCAUGCUUUAAUACAACAGUAGAAAAUCACCCGAGGCUGAUUCUGCUGCUGCUGCUGAGCUGCAUCACACACAUCAGAGGCUUCCUGUUUCGCUACAUUAAUCAUUUCACUGUACAAUUUGGACAACACCUUCCCCGUAUAAAUAGUCUGUGGGAACAGUGUGGACUAAUUACUGGCCAGACAAAAAUCAUCACAUGUGGUUUAAUGAAUUGGAAAGCUGUUUUUUUACAUUUUCAUUACAAUAGUUUUAAUGUCAGUGAAGGAUGUUUAUGACUCUCCACACACUUUGGAGAAAGACCAAAGCCAGAGCAUCAAAUGCAUUUUAAUUCACAGUUGGAAAUAAUACCGACAAAUAUUGAAAGUUUUUUUUACACAAUGUGCUUGUGAAUGAGCGGUUCUUAAGAAACGCUUUGCCCUCACAGGGAUUAAAUUAUAUAUAGACUGGAUAGGGAUAUAAAAAAAUGUCUUAUAAAUUCAAUGGUUCUUACACAUUCAUUAACAUGAUUUCACUCAUCAAGAGUAAAACCCACUCAAAAUGAUCAAUAGUGCAGUGAAACUGUGCUAAAUGUGUUGUUCAUGAACCACUAUAAUCAACAUUCAGUUGUUAACUCCACCAGUGGCACAUGACAUGUUUAUAACCCUCAUUUCUCCUCUUCGUCUUCUUCUAUGUCAGAGUUAGUUGUAAUUUAAGUGGUUGCUGUUGCAGCGUGUGUAUUUAUACUCCUCUAGCUGGUUGUUCUCUAAGGAGAUUCUUGAUGUAAAUGUACUUUACUGUAGAUGGCCUCAUGUACAAAGAGUAGAAAAUGGUUCAUUUACUUUUUUUUAACAGUAAUUUAUAUAUAAAAAGAUGUAACAAAUGUUAUGACAUUCCGUAGCUAUAAACCUUGCAGUCAGAGUGAUUUCUAAUACCACAGUGAAUAUAAUACUGUAACACACUGGAUGUUUUGACACUACUGUAAAUGUUUAACCACUGAAAUAAAAAAAACCCAGAUGCUUUCA